AUGGAGGGGCCGAAAACCCUGGGACCCUGUGGCCACACCCACCCCCAGUGCCCCCAGCCCCCAGCUCCAAGCAGCCAUGGGGGGUGCCUGGACCCACCCUGCCCAGUGUUCGCCGGGUGGCCCUGCAUGGUGCCUCUCAGCUCCACCCACUCAAUGGAGACUGCCAGGCCUUUCUCAGCCCUGGGGACAGGGGGUGGGGGGCCCAGGGUUGGGGGCGAGGUACCCGGGAACUUCAUCACAACUGAGGACGGCGAGCUGCAGCGACAGAGGCCGCGAGACCCGACAAGGAUGAGACAAGGACAGACGGAUGCCAGGCUGGGGUGGGGCUGGGCCCUGCACUCCAGCCGAGAGCGAGAGCAAGAGCGAGAGCAGAGGGCUUCCCGGCAGGCAGCAGGGCCCAGCUUGGGGCCCCGGCCCUGCCCAUGCCCACCCCUGAUCCCGGGCACAGGGGCCUCAGCCUCGUCCAGGGCAGAACCCCCCCAGCCCCAGGGCAUUCCCCUGGGGCCCACAGAGCAGUCUUUCCUCCAGCUGGAGCAGGAGAACCAGAGUCUGAAGAGGCAGAACCAGAAUCUGCGGGAGCAGCUGGGGGCCCUCCUGGGGCCGGGGCAGCAGUUCCUGCCCUUGUGCCCAGAGCACUCGAGCUGUACGGCCCUGGCCUGGCCCCCUGAGCAGGCCUGCGCCCGGCCCCUGGAGGACAGGGCCCCUCUGCAGCUGCUGCGGCAGGAGCUGUGUCGGGGCGAGGAGUCCUUCGUGCAGCAGUCCCAGAACGAGCUGCAGCAGAUCCGACUGUCCUUUGAGAGGAAGAAAAUGGCUAUCACCGAGGUGUGGGACGGCGUGGCUGAAGUACACAUGGCCCUGAACAACCAGGCCACUGGGCUCCUGAACCUCAAGAAGGACAUCAGGGGCGUGCUGGACCAGAUGGAGGACAUCCAGCUGGAGAUCCUGGGGGAACGGGCCCAGUGUCGCACUCAAGCCAGGAAGGACCAGAAAAUGGCAUGCAGAGGGGCUGCUGGCCCUGAGGCUGCUGCUGGGCGCCCUGCUGGCCUGCACCGCCGCCUACGUGUACGUGGUCGACCCCGCGCCCUUCGAGGGGCUGGUGCCGCCCCUGCUGAGCCGCGCCGCCGUCUGGAAGCUGCGGGCCCUGCUGGGCCCGUUCCUGCGCCUCGAGGUGGACGGCUUCCUGCCCUUCUAGGCCGGAGGCCCAGCGGCCCCAGCGAGGAGGAAGCCAGCAGGCCGGCGCGGCCCCCGGCGCCCAGCGGCCGCGCCGGCCCCCGCCCACGGCACUGCGGCGCACCGUCCCCGCCCGGAAGCUUGGAGAAGGGAGGGGGCGGGGGCUGUCCUGA